UUUAUAUAAAAUGGGAAUUAAUUGUUCCAACGACUCAAAGAAGAUGAAAUCAGAUGAUAUGUAAGGCAGAACUUAAUUAUGAUAAUAGAGAUUAAAUCGAUUAGUCUAAAGCUAUAAAUUAUGAUGUUUACAAUGACAACUAAAUAAAUGAGGGUGCCAAUUAGGCUGCUUUAUCAUAAAAAUAUGGAAAUUCUAAAUAUCAAAUUUAAGUCGAUGAAGAACAGAACAUUAGAUGCAAAUUAGAUGGAUAAAUAAUGGAAAUGUAAAAUAAUCAAUAUGGAAGAGAUUAAAAAACCGACCUUUUUUAGAGUCCUGAAAAUAUGGCUAAUUUAGAAUAAGAAGUUGGAGGAUACUACUUAAAUAAGGGGAAGAAGAAUGGUUUGCAGCACCAAUAAUAAAAUAGUAGCCAAGCAUAAAUUUUGGAAUUUGGAGAAUAUCAUAAUGAUAGAAAAAUUGGAGCAUGGAAAUCUAUAUAUAAUAAUAAUUAAAUGUAUUAUUAAUUAUUCAAAUUAGUGCUGGUGGUUAUUAUAAUGAGGAUGGCAAUAAGAAUGGCAUGUGGAUUGAUAUAAGUGAAGGAUUCUAUGAUUUAAAAUAAGUAGUAUAUAGUGGAGAAUAUAAAAAUGGUAAGAAAGUUGGUACUUGGAAUACUUUAUGGAGAGAAAAAGGGACUUAAAACUUCUCAAUGAUGUAUUUCUUAAAUAAAUAAAUUAGUGGUGGUGGAGAAUAUGAUGAUAAUGAGGAACAAGAUUCUAUAAAAAUUGGAAUGUGGAAUGAAUUGGAUGAUUAGUUUAAAUUGGGUUUCUAAGUGAUUUUUACAGGAGAAUAUCACAAUGGGUAAAAAGUAGGCAGAUGGGAUAUUUUAUGGAGAGACGAAGGAAGGUAGCCAUUUUAAUAAAUGUAAUAAAAUAAUAUACAAUUAGUGGGGGUGGUUAAUAUAAUUUCAAUGAUGAAAAAGGUUCACAUAAGAUUGGAAGAUGGAUUGAGUUGAGUGAUGCAUUUAAAUCGGAUUCUUAAGUCACAUACAAUGGUCCAUAUAAAAAUGGUUAAAAAACAGGUAGAUGGGAUAUUUUUUGGAGAGAGGAAACCAGAUCUCCAUUUUAAUUAAUGUACAUCAAAUAUUGAUAAAAAACAUUUAGUGGGGGUGGUUAAUAUGAGGAUGAUGAGGAAAAAGGUUCACGUAAAAUUGGGAUAUGGAUUGAGUUGAGGGAUAGAUUUAAGUAGGAUUCCUAAGUCACAUACAAGGGUUAAUAUAGGUGUGGUUAAAAAAUAGGUAGAUGGGAUAUAUGUUAUAAGGAAUAGAUGUAAUUCUAAAAAUAAAAAGUAGUUUCGGUGGUGGAGAAUACGACGUUAAGAAUAACGGAUGCUCAUGUAAGAUUGGAAAUUGGAUAGAUUUAAGUGAUGAAUUUAGAGAGUAUUCGUAAGUCACUUAUUAAGGUAAAUAUAACUAAGGUGAAAAAAUUGGUUAAUGGGAUAUUUACUAUAAGUUUUAUAAUGAUGGAUGGAAAAAUGAAAAAAUGUAAAAUUUCCAAAAGAAAUUUUAGUGGUGGUGGAUCUUAUGAAAAUAAUGAGAAUGGCUGCUCGUUAAAGACUGGGAAAUGGGUUGAGUUGAGUGAGGGAUUUAGAGAUUUUUAUUAAAUCACAUAUUAAGGGGAGUAUUAUAAGGGUAAGAAGAUUGGUAUAUGGUUGGAAAAGGACUUAAAGAAGAAGAAUGUAAAAUGA